AUGUCGGACACAGACUCAACCACCCUGGACGACACAGAAAUGCCUGUCACACCCAGAAACCGCUCUGUUCAUGGCAUGCGACCCGGCCGCGCGCCGCGCACCGCAAGCAAGUCUUCAAGCCCGUGCGACCAAGAAACGAGCAGCGACACUUCUUCACCCGCUUCCAGCUCUACCUUGUCCUCGGAUGAUGAUGGCGUCCAAACCUCCGACUCAGAUGCCAGCUACCGGAUAGCACUUGUCAAUCCCGCUGUCGCAUCUGCCCGCCGUCUCACCACCGGCAGCCUGACCACAGAUAGUGACAGCUCCAGCGACUCCGAUUUUCAAGACUCCGACGUCGACAAGCGCGUCGACCCGCUCAGUCCGGCCACUCGCGCUGGCUGCGCGAACAUGUAUCCGGACUUCUUGGACAUGCCGGAAGGGCUGGACCCGCUAGAGCAGAUGGCGUUCAUUCGCGAGGAUCUAGAGACGCAUAUGAAGGCGGCCAACAUGAUCAAGGAGGACGAGUUGGACGGCAGCCGCGGCGAUGACCAUGACAGCGAAGAGGACAGUGGUGGUCCUGAGAGCGGUAAUGGUCAGUCAUGCACACCCGGCGCCGCCGGUCAUGUCAACGCUGACGAUGCAAGUAAAGAACAAGAAGACAGCGAUGGCAGCGACAUCAGCGACGAAACCAACGACGACGAUGACGACCUCGACUCCAACUCCAUCUACUCCUCCUCCUCCUCCUCCGACAAUGACAACGACAACGACAACAACAACAACGACAACGACACCCCCACCCUCUUCCCCCAAUCCUCCCACCUCCCCGCCAACACAACCUUCACCACCACCACCACCACCGUCAACCCCGCCACCACCACCGCCCACCAAACCUUUACCGCCGCCGUCCUCGCUUUCCUCCCAACCACCGACCCGUCCCGUCCGCCUUCCCUCGACCAGCUCCGCGCCCUCAGCCUCUCCCGCUGGGCCGUCGCCGUGCGCGCCGAAGCCCACCGGGAGGCGGUGCGGCGGCGGCACCGCGCGCAGUGGGGCGAGCGCGAGUACGCGCGCGUGGCGGCGCGCACGGUGCGCAUGGAGGAGGUGGGGGCGAUGCUCAACAUGUUUGAUGCGGGAGGCGUGGCGACUGCGGCUGCGGCUGCGGCUGCGGCUGCGGCGGCGAGGAGGUUGGAGCGGGUGAGGGGGUUUGGGGGGUGUGCGUUUGAGAGGCCGGUUGUGGGGGGCCUUGAGGGGGGUGUUGAGGGUGAUGAGGAUGAGGAUGAGGAUGAGGAUGAGGAUGAGGAUUGUGAUGAUGAUGGCGAAGAGGGGUCGUCUUCGUCGCCUCUGCUGGGGAUGUGGAGGAGGCCGAAGGUUUCUAUGGGGUUGACGUUUGAGAGGGUUCUUUGGUCGCACAGUGAGGCUGAUGAGGAGGACUUCGUGGAAGACGAGGAUGUUGGUAGUGACGAGGGAGACGACAUGGAGGAUGACGAUGACGAAGAGGGCGAUGAUUACACGGACAACGACGAUGACACGGAGAGCGAUGGCCACACGGAGGAGCAAGAUGAUGCGAUGAUGGCUGUCAAGAUGGGGGAUGACACGUUGGAUGAUGGUGAAAUGGAGGACGAUGAGCUGGAGAAUCUCAUCAAGGAAGCGGAUGGUCCGUUACUUGAUCACGACACCAACAUCGACCAGGAAGGCGAGGAGAUAACGGAGGAGGAUGGGAUGCAGAUUGGUGAAUCGGAAAAUGGUGAACUGGAGGAUGACGAGCUGGAAAAUCUCAUCCAGGAAGCGGACGAUCCGUUGUCUGAGUACGACGACAAUGGGGAUGACCAGGAGGACGAAGAACCAGCUAGAAAGAAGGUGAGGUACGCGUUCAAUCAGCUGCGCCCGUCAACUGCUACGUACACGCCGACGCCCAGUCUCAGGGAUUUCAUGAUGAAGCGGGAGCCUGAGUCGGACGACGAGGCUGCUCCGGGCUUCUGA